AAAAACACAAAAAAAAAAAUUAAACAAGAAGCAUAAACAAAAACAGAUAAAAAAAAUGAUCAAGUCCAUCUACCAAUCCUUAUCACUCUACCUUCUCAUCUUCCUUCUCUUCUCCUUGUCAUCUGCCCACAACAAAACCAAACAGGACCCACCAUCUUCGUCGGCCACUAAUUACGCGGGCUGUUUCCCCAAAGUUUAUGCCUUUGGGGACUCGGACACCGACAAAGGCAACUGCAACUUCCUCGAGGCCCACUUAAAAAAUGAGGUCAAUUUCAACAUUUCGGCCCGUCUAGUUGUCGACUUCCUGUGUUCGGGCCUUUCCCUCCCUUCCCCAUGCCCAUACAAGACAUCAUCAUCAUCAUCAUCUGGGAAUUUCAGCAGUGGCAUCAACUUUGCGGUUUCGGGCUCCACCAGCCUUGAGCCCACCGACUUUUUCGGGCCCAAUAACCUGAGCAGCCUGUUCUGGAAAGGGGUCCCCAUGAGUUUUAAGACUCAGUCGGAUUGGUUCAAUGAGUACCUUCAAGGGCAAGCAAAAGACGGAAAAAAAGCUGACGUGGCAAACGCUCUCUUUUGGGUCGGGCAGUUUGGAGUGUCGGAUUACAUGAGCUCUCAGGGCUCGUCCAUCUCCGUUCAAGCUAUAUCCAAGUCGUCCGUUAAGAAUGUGUGCGACAUCCUUACGACAAUUAUCUCGAGCGGCGCAAAGUACAUCGUGGUGCAGGGGCUGCCUCCUGUGGGCUGCUUCCCCUGCUUCAUGUCCUCAGGCCCCAAGCACGGCCUCGACAAAAUGGGGUGCUUAUCGGCAAUCAACGCAGGCGUAAGUGCCCACAACGAGAUCCUCCAGCUGGCGCUAGAGAGGUUUCGAAAAAUGCACCCACACUGUACCAUCGUAUACGCCGACUACUGGAACGCGUACCUCACCAUUGCCAACAACCUUACAAAAUACGGCAUGGAGGAGCCGUUCAAGGCCUGCUGUGGAUGUGGGGAAGGUCAGUUCAACUUCGACAAAAACAACAUCUGUGGCUCGCCUGGCACCUCUGUCUGCAAGGACCCUCACAAGUACGUGAGCUGGGACGGGAUUCGACUCACGGAGGCCAUGCAUAAACACCUGGCCAAUCUCUUCCUUCAUCAGGGCUUCUGUCAGCCAUCCUUUGAUGAGCUCGUCAAGAAAAAGAAAAACAUGUAGCUAACCGCAGUCUGAACGUAUAUAGCCUUAGAGUUUUACUGCUCCGGGUGACAGUUGGAUGCAUCAAGAGAGCGAGAUUAUAAUAAAUGAUAGAUAUAGGAUAGCAUUACACAUUAUUUUUUUUUUAUUUUUUUUUUCUGCUUUGAUUUUUCAUUUUUGUACACUAAAUAUGCAUAAGCUUUUUGAGUGACCACAUGCUACUGCAGCAGGUAGUAAUUGUACUACAACCAAAUAAAUUUUGAACUCCUAUGUUUACAUUCCUUGUCAUU